UGUCCUUCUAGUUGGCGAGUCGGCCCAUGCAGGGCCUUCUCCGACACCUCCCGUUGCAUGCUCCACGCGCCACCCGUCGGCCGGCACGUCGCUUGGAACCAGCUACGUGACAGGAUCCCUGAGGUAUCGCGGGACGUCGAGAGAGCGGGACGGGAGACAUGGCGCACAAGUUGGAGGCGAUGUGGCAGAAUGCCGCAGACAACUUCCUGAAGAAGACCGGAAAGUCCAUACGCAAGAACCCGCCCACCACACUGGAAUCCUGUGUUGCCGCCGUCGAGCGCAGCCGGCUUUUAGGUCUACGGGAGCCCGAAGCGGAAUCCAACGCCGAUAAGGCGACCGCCUGGGGCAUGUACGUGAUAAAAUGUCUCCAGGUGUUUGGCGGGAUAACCUCGCAGGCGGCCGACAUGGCGUUCCCCGCCUCGAGCAUGUGCUUCAACGCGAUUUCGCUGCUCCUCGAUAUCCCGCAGGAGAUUCACGAAUUCCAUACCGCCGUGAAUGGGCUGUUCGAGGCCAUUGGUCCUACGUUGAGCCACUUCAAGAUGUACGACCAGAUGGAGCAAUUCGACAACCUCGACUCUGAGCUGCUACUGGCCAUACAGGAGAUGAUGAUCUGCUUCGUCGACAUCUGCGCAUUGUCCAUCGUGCUCCGAGAGUCGACUUCGUUCCGAACGAAGCUCAAGAUAAAAGCCAAGCUUCUUCUGCUCAAGGAUGACUCGGGCGUCCGGGACCAGCUGAAUCGGUUGAAAACCCUCUCGCAGUCGCACAGCCAAGUACAAGGAACUCAGAUCUUGAAACUUGCUGCCGACUCCAACAGUCAGCUCAAACGGUUGCUCGACAGGGCAGACCGCACAGAGCAAGCCAUCUUAGAGACUCAUGCUAAUAUCACCAUCUUGAAGGACUCGGAUGACGAGCGCAAGAGAGAGGAAGGCAGCAGAAACCGUUUAAGAAUGAUUAACGAAAAGCUCGGGAUAAGCACCAAAGUAGAGGAACCAUCGACCAAUGCAGGCGACGAACUUUGGAAAGCGGCCGCGAGCGGGACGGGAGAAUGGAUUUGGCACCAGCCCGAGUUCCAAAAAUGGGCUGACGGUGUAGAUUCCAAUAGAAGUAAUAUACUCUUUCUCUCCGGCGGUCCCAACACUGGCAAGACUUUCCUCACGUCCGUCAUCCUCCAUCAGCUCCGGGGGAAAUGCCAGUACGGGGGCGUGCAAUCGUCUCGAAUACUGAUUGGAAGCUACUUCUUCUCCUCAAAUAAGAAAGGAAGUGGUAAAGAUGACGAAAAUUGGAAGCCCCUCCAUACGGCCAUCAAGGCCAUGGCCUGCCAACUAGCAGAGCAAGACAGUGCGUUUGAGAAGGCUUUGUCCGAAGUUCUUGGCAAGGAAGAGGUCAGCGAUGUUUUUUUGAAGGACGCUACCUGUGCAAAGCUCUGGGAACUACUUGGCGUUGGCUCACCGCGGGGACGGGCAACGCACUACCUCCUCUUCGAUGGGUUGGCUGACCUAGGGGUUCGUGCUAGAGAAGCGGUGGGGCAAUUGAUGGACAUCAUCAGGGACAUAGAUCAAACCAAGCCUUCCGUUCGAGUUCUUGUGUCUAUGAGGCCGGACUCACUAGAGCCACGACCGCACUUCCGCCAUCUGGAGAUCAACGUUGAGCAACACAACGGGAGUGACCUCAGAGGGUACGUCGACGACACUCUGAAGAAGAUGGACAUACUGCAGGAAUCCGACGAUGACUCGACGAGAAUAAGGGAGAGCGUUCUCAAAAAGCUCUCCACUCAGAUGAGGGGGAACUACUACAAGGUCAAUACCGCCUUGGAAAGCCUCCGCAACAUCGUUGAUAACGAUGGUACCGAGGAACAAGUAGAAAGAGUGCUCGAAGCCUCCCGCGAAGACCAGAAUGCGAUACUCCAAGCCCAAAUCAACGAAUUACAACUCGCGUUGGGCCCACAAGAUAUCUGCGAGCUCAACGAGCUUCUUAAAUGGGCCAUAUUUGUCAAGUUUAACAAUCUUACUGUUGAGCUAUUGAAGGCUGCUCUAUUUCUCCGGUUCCGCAAGCAUUCCAUACAACCACUCGGGAAGAAAAUGAGGACAAAGUACGCCAAAAUCUUUAAUGUUUCCGACGAUGGAUCUGUCGAAGUCGUCGAUGGUAUGGCGGCUUGCUUGAUAAAGCCGAGGACAGAACCUCGGAAUAUGGAUGAGACCCCGAGGUUCUCAGCUACGAUUACUAUCACAAAAGGUGAUCGUACAAGCGUCCAGUCAUUCUUCUGGAAGCUAGCCAACGAAAUCAACAGAUAUGACCUGGACGACGAUACCGGCACUAAGAAUACCGCAAAAGAGAAUAUCCAGGUCAAUGAGUUCGAAGCCCAUCUCACUAUCGUCAGGCGCAUACUCCAGCUUAUUUCGGAAGAUCCAAACCCCAAAACAGAAGCUCUCGGCCUAUACGCGCUGAGCUUUCUUCCCGAUCAUCUGAACGACCUUAAGAAUUUAGAGACGCCGAAUGGGCCCGAUAUACUGAAGGCCUCGGAGAAGCGCGAGAUUGGAGAUGGGCUAAUCAGACUGUUUCUAAACACCAGAGGCAUCGAGAAGCACUGGGACAUUUGCAAAUGGGUGAUGUGGUUCGGCGACAAGCGCGAAAUUGGCAUAUUCCUGAAGUGGCUAGGCGACAAAUCCGUCACAGGCCAUCUCGGACCACGCGAUAGCCAAUGGGUUAAGGAUGUGGCAAGAGACAAGAAGCCAGAGCGCCUGGUACUUUUGGACAUCAUGAAGAUGUUGGCUAAGCGCUGGUUACGGGACGAUUCUUGGAGAGCACCCAAGGUCUUCCGAUGGCUCCAUGGUUAUCUCACAAUGAUCGGUUUCGAUGAUGAUGGCGGUCGCCCAAAUACAGGCCGAGGUACCGCCCCGAGCGAUGAUGCCGCCCAGAACUCAGGUUCAGAGGAGGUGACUGUUACUAUGGUAGAAGAUUGGUGUCGGAAACAUGCCUUGAAAGAGGCAGUGCCCGAUUCCCUCUGGUAUCAACGAUUAGGCGAUACAUAUUAUCACAGAGACGAAUCUGAUUUGGCCAUCAGUUCGUACCAGAAGGCCAUCGAACUCAGCAGUCAGGAUCCAUCGGGUGACGAGGGGCUUACGAUCAGCCUGGGGGGUAACCCGGGCAACUCAAGGAGCACCCAAGCGGACGCGACAGCAGGAUUGGCAAAGAACGACAUGCCACAAAACAAGACAAGGCUUAUCAGCAUCUACCUCCGGCUUUCUGAGUGGCACUAUCAACUUCAUCAACCGGAACCUGCAAUCAAGUACGUGAAUCAAGUCCUCGACUUGAUGCCAAGCCAGGCAGAAGCCCUGUACCGGCUUCUCAGGAGUUGCUUGAUGAACGGCCACAACGAGGGCUACGCAAAGGUCUGGCACCGGCUCACUAACGGCCCUGACGAUAAGCGCAAGCCAGGCUCCCUAACCGAAAUCCUCCAACAACUCAUAGCGGAUGACGCCUCCGAUGAGUUGAUCAUGAGGUUGUUCUCCUUCGUGUCUGCCGAAUCCGGCGAUUCCCUGUUUCUUCUCGAGGAGAUAAAAGUCGCCAUCGCUCUUGCCCAAUCGCAGGGGCAAUCGUAUGUCAAGGCCGGACUACUGUUGUACGAGGGCGCCGCCCGACACUAUUUCCAAGACGACACCGUGCUCGGCGACGCCGAUAUUGGUUCGUGGAAUCGGUGCCUUGAGAGCUGCAGUGGGUUUACAGGAUUUACGCGUUCUUGGCCCGGGCCGCAAGCGACAAGGCUCAUCAGCGCUUACCACUUCGACCGCGCUCGAGCCGAGACGAACCCGUCCGGCAGGGAAAAGCACAUCCGCGACCUCAGGACGUUUGUCGGUAACGAUUUGCCGUUCAUCUUGUCCCCGGCCAAGACGUAUCUGGCUUCCUUCUACGUCCUCAGCGAAGCGCGGAGCCGGGGCGAGGACGUGCUUCAGGGGAUCAUGAGCUCCGGGCUGGACGCGCUAUCCGACGACGUGAGCGAAAACGACCGGGAAGGGUACGGCAUCGCCGCCGCGGUCUUGCUGAGUUGCAGGGAUGACCUCAACGCCCUGUCCGCGUUCUCGCACCUCUUGUGCAAGCCGCCCGGGCCCGACGUUCUCGGCUGGCUGCUGGAUUUCGACUCGGAGGCGGCCCAGCACGCCAGCCGCGACGUCCAAGCGGCGGUGCGGGCGCAGUUCCGCGGGCCGCAGCUCCUGUCCGAGCAGCUCGGAUUCGCGCUGGGGCACGUAGACGGCCUCCUGUCCUCGUCGGCGCCGAGCGGCGACGGCGCGGGCGGCGCGGGCGCCGCCCAGGGGCUCGAGGAGGUCCGGGCUCGGCUCCGCCAGCUGGCAAAGGCCGAACCCGGGCUCCGCGUGCAGAGCGGCUGCGACGGGCCGUGCGAGCGGAAGUGGGACUUUGAGAACCCCGUGUACGCGUGCCGGUACUGCCUCGACACCAUCUUCUGCGGCGAGUGCCUGCAGAGGGUGCGGCGCGGCGACAAGAUAUUCACGUUCCGCGGGCUCGCGUGCAACGCGACGCACGACUGGCUGUGCCUGCCGCGCCGCGAGAAGCAGGAGUGGAUCGAGUGCCUGAUGGGGAACGUGCGGGUCGGCGGCCGGCUCGAGGGCGGCGUCCGCGUCGGCGGCGAGCUCGCCAGCGUCUCCGAGUGGCUGGGCACCCUGCGGCGCAAAUGGGGGGCGGGAAACGCGGACGAGUCGGACUGAGGCCGACGCGGGAUGGGCUGGCAAUGCGUCGCGGAAGCGCGCUGAGUGUUGUCGAAAGACGGCGUUCGCGGGGAUCGACGCUGCCCCCCCCCGAGGCAGACGAAUCCCGCUACAUACUUAUAACCACGAGUAUCAUCUGCUCCUGUACGUAAUCCUUUGUAGCCCGGUGCCUCCUGCGUAAACGCACACAUGCACACCACAUACGUCUCUCACCAGAGCAACUCGAGCCUUGCAGAGUGUAGAGGCAACUAGAUCUGUUGCCUACGUACCUACGUCCAAGCUGGUUGUGGAAUCAGCUCACGUCCGUGACGCUCUACGCACACCGGCUAUCCGAAUGUCCCAGGGAUUGGAAUCUAGUGCCGGGAGGAUCUCGCGCCAAGCAGCAGGGUUCUCUGCGUUGCGUUGUCCCUAUGGGUAGACUUGCAGCAUUGGCGUCGUGCUGCCUAGCUAACCCUUCCCAAGGGACGUAACUAACUAGUUUCCAAGACAGACGACUAACAUUCUCUCCUCACCCUACCCGACGAUCUCAGGCGCUGAACGGGAACAUAGAUACGGAAGAGUGUCCGCCUUUCACUCUCUAAAGGGAGCCUCCACGACGCGUAUUCCCGACAGGAGAAGCCGUAGGGAGAAUUCUAUAGUAUGUAA